UAAACAAGAUAACGAAAAAUAAACCUCCGAUCGUUUUGGUUUAUCUUUUUUUGUCUAACGCAAUAAAAAAAAAAAAGCAUCAAGAGAGAGUCUCCCGUUGAUCGCGCUCUUCCGAACUACGUCCCUGCCCUCGUCGCCCAAGAUGGCGAGAUACUAUGCUCCAAAUAAAUAUCAAAUCAAGCUAUGCACGUCAUUCUAAUCGCAUUGUUUCUUCUAUCUGACUUUCGCAACGACGUGAAUCGCGCUCUUUUCUUUUUAGAAAUGUCACGGGAUAAUCACGAUUGAGAGCGCGCGAAAGAGUUCGAAAAAACGUUCCGGAAAUGUGACAAAGGACGGGUUGGACGCGCGUGUAAGCACGCGUUCGUUUCAGGCAGCGCGAUUUUCUCGAAUUUUACGGAAAACUGUGCGAUUAGCCGGCCCACGAGCACCGAACACUAGUCAUAUACAUUACGUCGUAAGCGAACUGCAACACGGGAGGAUGCUCUACCUUGAAGAUUACGUUGAAAUGAUUGAACACCUUCCUCAAGAACUUAGGGAUAGAUUCACAGAAAUGAGAGAGAUGGAUCUAGGUGUACAAAAUUCUAUGGAUAGUUUGGAAAAGAAGGUAAAGAUGUUCUUUUCCAAUGCCAAAAAGAUGAAACCCAGUGAAAAAGAGGCCGAGUAUGAAGCAAUUAGAAGAGAAUAUUACAAGACUUUGGAGGACGCGGAUGAAAAGGUGCAAUUAGCCAAUCAGAUGUAUGAUCUGGUUGAAAGGUACCUGAGAAGGCUCGAUCAUGAGCUGCAUAAGUUUAAGAUGGAAUUGGAGGCUGACAAUAAGGGCAUCACCGAAAUUCUGGAGAAGAGAUCUUUAGAGCUGGAUCAGCCGCCUACCAAUAGUAGCCAAAAGGAAAAUCGUUAUAGUUUCACAACCAGCAGGUCGCGAGACAAUCACAGUCAUUCUCGGGCGGAGAAACGACGGGACUCCAAUGCAUCUUCCACGUCGGUCGAGAAAAGACUGGCGAUCGAGAAGCUACCGACGGCGACGAGUUUGCCGGAGUCACGACCGGCGUCGGCAAAUUCCGGUCCUAUUAUCGCGGCCAGCAAUGUUACACCAGCACCGACGGCAAUCGCCAAUUCUGUAGGUUCGGUAUGCUACAAUCUCGGUCACAUCGGUGCCGGGGGUACGGCCAUCGCGGCGGCCGCGUCACAAGCGAUCGCGGCCACGCAGUCGAUGCAGCAAGGCAGACGCUCCGCUAGUCUGAAGGCCAGUUACGAAGCCAUUAAUACAGGCGGCGUGCACGCCGCAGAAUUCAGCAGAGAGUUGGCCGGUGCGGCGCAAACCGCCAUCGCGGCUAUUCAGGAGACCACAAAGAAACACAAAAAGAAAGUAACAGCCACGGUGCCGAGUUCGAGUGUAAUCACGGCUGCGGUCCAGCAACCGGUGUCUCCUCCGGUGGUGACUACAACCACACAAGUGAUAGACGCAGACAAUCCAGAUUGGACGUACGAUCCCAACGAGCCGCGUUAUUGCACGUGCAAUCAAGUGUCGUACGGUGAUAUGGUUGCGUGCGAUAACUCGGAUUGUCCAUUUGAAUGGUUCCAUUAUCCUUGCGUGAAUAUCACCGCGCCACCGAAAGGAAAGUGGUAUUGCCCUCAGUGCACGUCCUCGAUGAAGAGACGCGGAGGGCGGAAGAAUUGAUUAGACAGGAAGAAAGAGAACGAGUUGCAAAUCUAUUACAUUGACCAUGUCGAGAAAGCAUCGUUGCUACUACCUCUUAGACGCUGUCCGUCGUGUAUCGACUUAUUAGUUAGAAAGUCCGUUGUUUGUUCUGGUUUUCUACGACUUUUUCCGAGUGUAUUGAGUUUGCGAGUCGUCGUAUAUUGCUGUUGAAUAUUGAACGAAGAACGAUCUAAUGUGGGUUCCGUACUUUUGGAAGACAAAAUGUACAAGAAAAACGAAUGAGACUUGAAUUAGCGAUAAUAAAUUUUUUUUUUAAUUGAGAAUUCAGGCUCUUGGUGAAGAUAAUCAAGAGAGAGAGAGAGAAAGAGAGAGAGAGAGAGUUGAUAUUAAAUACUUUUUCUCUCCCGCCAAGUAAU